AUGGCAGCGGAAGCACUCUGUAAAGUGGGAGAUGGGGAAGAGGCCCUGCUGAAGAAGGAGAACCUCAAUCUUAUGAGUGCACUGGAACAGCUGCCAAAGCACUUUGUGAACCCCAAGUCUAUGAACCGCACUGUCACCACCAAAGGACUCCCACUUACCUCAAGAGGCAGUUUGGCUAACUUCUUGGAGGAAGAAACCACCAAUUUCGGGAAAUCAAUGCUGACGGAAGAUUCUGAGUUCAGCUCCGAUGACACCAGCAUCACGCCCAUGUCGUCCAGCCUGAUGAACCCUGUCAAACUGGCCGUGAGUCAGCCCAACAGCAGCUUCUUUGCAGGCAUGCUCGAGGGCGAGCUGAACAAACUCAGUUUUCCCUCCCGGGCCAAGAAAACAGACAAGGAUGACCUGGCCCUCUGCCCAUGCCCGUCUAAGUCCCAAAUGACCCCCGGGGGGCUGGUGGACCUCGACAACCCUGCGCUGGACACAGACACCUCCUCCACGCACUCCGAAUCCUCCGUGGUCGUGGAUGUGCCCGAGGCCCCAUUCAUCUGUGAGCACACCGUCAGCGACUCCACGGCUGUGAUCUCCUGGACCUAUUCCCUGGGCAAGCAGCAGGUCAGUUUCUACCAGGUGCUGUUGCAAGAAGUGGCCAAGAAAACGGAGGAUGCUGACUCGCCCAAGGCAAACAACCGCCCAUGGAUCUUCAACAAGAUCUUGGGCACCACGGUCAAGUUGAUGGAGCUGAAGCCCAACACCAGCUACUGCCUCACCGUCCGUGCUGCCAAUGCAGCUGGGGUGGGGAAGUGGUGCAAGCCCUACAAAUUUGCGACCGUGGCCACUGACUACAACAGCUUUCCCGAGAACAAUCCCAUUCAGAUUACCGUGCAGCGCCGGGAGCCCCAGCGGAAAACCGUGGCCAUCACGGUGGAGGAGAUGCGGAGGGUUGAAGACCUGGAACACUUAUUUCCCUAUUGAGGGGAGGCCACGGGAUGCCCCCAUCCUCCAC